AUGCGCGUCAACUAUCCGAGCAACGUUGACGACGAAAUGAUCACGCCGUUUGAUCCAAUCCCCAACCUUCCUUUGUCGACGCCGACAGGAAUGACUGUUUUUCUUCACCGGAUUAAACUAGCUGAUCUUUGCCGAGAGAUUGUCGACACCAUACCACCCAUGAUGGACGAAUUCUUGGAAGCCGACUAUGAAGUGAUUCUAGGGUUGGAUAAAAAGCUCAACGAUAUACUCACAAACCUCCCCGUCUUCUUCCGGCUGGAUCCUGAAAGCAUUCGACAGAGCCAGGAUAUCUGUCGAGAGCGCCCUUAUAUCACCUGGCAAAGAAUCGUCCUCCAUUUUGGCCUGCAUGCCCGCAUUUGUCGACUCCACAGGUCCUACCACCUUGAAGGGUGGUGGAACCCCAAGUAUGCCUACUCACGCUCCGCAAGUGUACACUCGGCCCAUCAAGUGUUGGAACUUCGACGCAUGAUGGAUGGUCCAACCGCUGCGGGUGGCUUCAGGGCCGAGAGAUUCUGGGUUGUUCUGCAGCACGUCACCAUGGCUGCUGUCACUCUGGGAACAGAUCUGUCGUUCAACCCCGACGCACCAGAUGCCCAAGCUCGGAAGGAAAAGAUCUUGGCGAUAUAUAAGACAUUGGAAGGGUCUGAGAAGGAUACACAUGGACUAAUAAAAGGGAUCAAGAAGAAGAUGCAGCUGAUCAUGGCCACUCUCCAGCCUCAACAACGGCAAUCAGGAAACUUGGUAGUAGGCACCGCCUCGUCGUCGAUGGUACCCGAGCCACGGGACAUAGAACAGGGCGUUGCUCCAGUUUAUCCCUUUGGAAAUGUAACGGGUAAACCCGAGUCACCCGGAGAAGAGCAGUUACACCAACUUUGGUCGGACUUCCUCGCUGCGGUGCCUGAUUUGCAGGACUUUGAAUGGACAUCUCUUCUGAAUGAUUUGGACAUGGACUUGGAUCAUGAACUUGAGUAG